AUGGGACAGCCUCGGAGAUCGAAGCCCUUCCAGCGCUUUGAUGUCAUCUCAGACGACUCGGACCACUUCUAUCGCGACUCGAGCCUGCCCAUCCCGGCCACGACCCAGAAGAAGAUCAUGAAGGAGUGGAAGCUCCUGGAGCAGCACCUGCCGCAGUCCAUCACCGUGCGGGCCUACGAGAAGAGGGUCGGCCUCCUCCGGGCCGCCAUCGCCGGCGCCUCCGACACGCCCUACCACGACGGCCUCUACUUCUUCGACAUAUCCUUCACGCCCCAUUACCCAACGCAGCCACCCCAGGUCCACUACCGGUCGUUCGGGUACCGGAUCAACCCGAACCUCUACGUGAACGGCAAUGUCUGCUUGAGCUUGCUUAAUACGUGGCCUGGCAAAAGAAAGAGUGAAACAUGGAAUCCGAAGGAGUCGACGGUCUUGCAGGUGCUGCUCUCGAUACAGGCCCUCGUGCUGAACGAGCGACCCUACUACAACGAACCGGGUUUCGGGUCCUUCAAGCCCGGAUCCUCCGGCGAGAAGAAGUCCUUUGCCUACAACGAGGAGGCCUUCGUCCUCUCGUGCAAUUCCAUGCUGCACCUGAUCAAGACGCCUCCGAGAGGGUUCGAGGCCCUCGUCGCGUGGCACUUCCGUGACAGGGCCUGCCCCAUACUGCAGGCCUGCGAGGCCUACGCCCACGGGAGGGUCCGGGUGGGGUACUUCCGGGAUGGCACGCCGCAGCAGGCGCCGUCGUCUAGGGUGGCGGUGCCGAAGAAGUUCAAGGAGUCCAUCGAGAGCUUGUAUCCGCGGCUAUACAAAGCAUUCAGCAAGGAAGGGGCUUCGCUGGCCGGUUUGAGCGAAGAGUUGAGUUUGGACGAGGCGACGGCGCCGGUCAAGGGGACGAAGGGUUUAGUGGUCAAUGUCGUCUCGACGGUUAAAAAGUUUUUUGGAUUGAAAUAGGAUAAGAAAAUUGACAAUUUGCAGAGUUAUUUGCCAGGCACAUUAAAUUAAAUGAUGCCA